AUGGCCCUCGCCGGCGACCCCGGACUGCCCGGGCUCCCGCCCGCCCCGUCACGGGCCUCGGCCCCGGGGCACCUUCCGCUCGCCUCCGAGCCGCGGAGGCAGGGGCGGAAGAACAAAUCUGGCAGCGCGGCACAGCCCUCAAAGGAGGAAGCUCCGCUCCCCGCCCCAACUAGACAGCAGGAAUCAUCAGGUUUACACCGCGUCAGACUGCCGCCCGCAAUCUCCGUCAUCAAAGCAGGCAACCCUGUAGAGGAUGCCUUUCCCUGGAAUGAUCCGGAAUGGACGACACCUGAGCUCUCUCUGCCACUCUUAGCAACAUCCAAGGCCAUUAUCCCUUUGAAAACUAUGGCUUCGUUUGGGACAAAAAGGAAGUAACUUACGAAAUGUGACCAGUCAGAUAGUUCCCUACACAAGGCUUCCUGGCCCAAUUUCUGUUGCCAUUAGCUUUUCAUCACCCAAGGCCACAGGAUUUUCUGACCAAUAAUUUGGAUACCUAUAUUCUUAUACAUGUUGGCGAGGUAGGUGCGCCAUACAGUCUCCACCACAUUCUAGCACAAGCAGUCAUUAAACUUCACUCUAGCAUAAGUUAAGAAUUCAGACUGCAGUGAGAUGGCUAAGAGCAUGAAAGAUCUGCUCGAUUCAAGUGUUAGGAGCUUGAAUAAGUUUCUUAAUUUCUGUGCCUCAUCUAUUAACAUAGGACCGACAAUACAGUUUAUAUAGAGUUGUUGCCAGAAUUAAAGGAGUUGAUGUAUGUGAAGCACUUAACUCGGUAACUGGCACAUCGUAGAUAACUCAAUAAAUGCUAUUACCCUUACACAUACAAGUGCCGUUUCAUACUCAGUUUGACUUGGCAAGCCUUUCCCAACCACUUCAGGUGCCUUCCUGUUUUGUCCUCAAUCACUGUACAAAUAUUUUCUGAGGAUCUACUACCUGCAUGUGCCAAUUAUGGAAAUAAAAUCUUCUAGUCUUUACUGGAA